AAGGAUACCGAACGUGCCAAAGCAAUGGAAAUUCUGCUGUCGCUAGUGGAUCACAGAGUGGUAAUAUAUACUGUAAAAAUAGAGUCUGAAAUCAAACGUCAAAGCGGUGGAGCAGUUUUUUUAUUCGACUAGCUAAUUUAUUCAACCUGUAUCUGGUUGCUAUAUCCUCUUCGUAUCGCAGUACUUGCGCGCAGCUAAAAAGAUUUGUUCAGGCGUUGAAGCUAGCGGCUAAUAUUAGCCGCUGUUGGGCUAGUAGUAGUAAGACAGUUACAGUGGUCCACUUCAUACACGACCUAGCGUUAGCAACUAAAGCAUUUGCCACAGGAAAAACUACCAUUAUCCACACGGUGCAGGAGCUGCUGUGUCCUGAGGUAAAGACGGAUCCACAAUGUUGAACCCGACUAAUGGAGACCCAAGUCACGUUGUUGUGAAUUAUGUUGAGGAGUACUUGGACCUGGUAGAAUCACUGCCUUUUGAUUUGCAGAGGAGUGUGUCCCUUAUGAAGGAGAUUGAUGCCAAGUAUCAAGAUGUUCUGAAGGAGCUCGAUGAUGCUUAUGAACGUUAUCGCCGGGAGUCUGACUCACUGCAGAGAAGAAAGCUUCAGUUAUCCAUUCAGAGGGCGCUGAUUCGCAGUCAAGAGCUCGGAGAUGAGAAGAUCCAGAUUGCCGGUCAAAUGGUAGAGUUGGUGGAGAACCGAACACGACAAAUAGACUGGCACUCUGAACUUCUCCUUUCCUCUCAAGAAGUCCCAGAGAGCCACGUUCCCACAACAACAUCCAUGACAACCACUGCAGCAUCCAUGAUGUCAUCAUCAUCAUCAUCAUCCAUCAUCACUCCAGGCAAAACUGGCCAACAUGACAAGAAGCGUGAUGAGGUUACCCCAGGCUCAGGUGGUGGAGAUAAGGCUGGAGGGAAACGCUCAAGACGUCAGAAGAAUGGAGAAAAUCGGGAAAGUUACGGGGCUCUGGACCACACUGAGGAAGUGGGCCUCGGGGCAUCCCGGGAAAAGAGAGCCAAAACGUCUUCAAAGAAGAAGAAGCGGUCAAAAGGAAAGUCUGAGAGGGAAGUGUCACCACCGGACCUGCCCAUCGAUCCAGAUGAGCCAACAUACUGCCUGUGUGAGCAGGUGUCCUACGGCGAGAUGAUUGGCUGCGAUAACGAUGAAUGUCCCAUCGAGUGGUUUCAUUUCUCCUGUGUUGGGCUCCAUCACAAGCCCAAAGGAAAGUGGUACUGCCCCAAGUGUAGGGGUGAAAAUGAGAAGACCAUGGACAAGGCCUUAGAGAGGGCCAAGAAGGAGAGGGCAUACAACAGGUAGCUUGCCAUGUGUGGCCCGAUGAACACUGUUGAGUGAAAAUGUAAUUUUAUGUCUCGUCUUUGUUGCCAUUUACUGUCAACACUGUUUAAAAAAAGGUUUGGAAUUGACGAGAGGGCUCUUGUAAAUAGUUAUUUUUGUAACAACGGCAUAGCUGAGAAACAAGCUCGCUCCCGCCUGGUUGGAAUCAGCUGUGAAGAAUGGACUUAGUAGAGCGCAACCUGUAUGUAACCAGCUGCCCUGCACUUACAUCCCCAUUGUUUUCAUAAUGCAUGCAACAUCACCCACUCCAUCACAUAUGCUCAAUGAACAAAUAAAAUGUUUGUAAACAAAGCAGAGUUUUAUUAUGUUAUUGCGUAAUGGUGAUAUAAUAAUAACGAUAAUAAUAGUGAUAUAUUAAUAAUGCAGUAUUCUGUCUGAAGGAAACCAGGGUUGUGUCCAUAAUCACUCACCCAUUCACUCUCUCAUUACUCCCGAUUCUCGCAAUUUACUCUAUAGUGAGCAGUAAGUAGAGAUUGUGGAAAAUUGUGAGACAUUAUUUAGUGUCAUCAUUGAUUGGUGAAAGGUUGCACGACAUGAUAUAUUUUAUCUAAUAUGUGACACGCUGGUGAAUGUAGUGGAGCAUUUAGCAGCUAUAGAGGGAGGC